ACCAAGCUGUUCAGGUACCUCAGACAAUCCGGACAAACUCUCCGGGGGUGCCUGGGGCCCUGCACCUACCAAUACGAGUACUUCGUACUCUGCCCAGUGCGCAGUGCCCACGGGCUUCCACCUCUCCCGCCACAGUUCCCUAUCUCGACCACCUCGGAAGCCCAGUAGAUAGCGGGAGAUAACAGGCCGGGUCGCACAAUCUUGCAUCCUGGCCAUUCACCCACGCCUCUAGCGACUUAGCAACCUGCGUUAUCGGUUCGACGGCAUGGGUCAAGAACGGGGGGAUCUUGAUGGACAAUGCAUGAAACUUGUCCAUCUCCCACCACGCUACGGCCCAAUUCUACCUCGCGUCUUCCAACUUCCUUGCGUCUUGGGCCUGCGAUUGACUAGGUUCGGGGCAGCGUGCAGCGGGAGGCGACCUUGAACUCUACCACUACUGACUGCGACUCGCAGGAUUGAUCGCAUUUUCCGUAGCCAACGGAUGCGCAACUGGUGGUGGGCAGCGGCUGAAUUGAACCAUGUUGAAGCUCUCCUCGAAUUUCACCACUUGAUCUUCCCCUGUGCUCCCCCUCAUCCGUCCUUGCCAUUGUCGUUGCUGGCAGUCGCCGGUGAUGUCUGUCGUUCUUGCAUGACCUGGUUUCUUCUCCUUCGUUGUCUCCUGGUUGCUGUCGCGCCUGCUCUGUGAAGAGAAUUGCGACUGCCCAUCGCUUUUUUUGCUGCGGCUCCCGCUCGUCCCUCUUUAUCUUCACUGACACUUCACUCACAGGCGGCACAGUCACUCAAAUCUCAUUGCCUUGGGAACGAGAUCCUUUUCUUCUUUUGCACAUAUUAUUUGUCACUGCUGGUGGUUGGUUUAUGCCCGACCUCUGACCCGGCGUUGCUACUUUACCACCACUGGCAACACUUCUGAGCGAUUGAACUCGAAAGGUUCUCCUUUUGCUCAGACCACCAAAGUGUUUUGACAUCAGUACUGCUCUUAAUAUUACCUCCCUCCAUCCAAGGCUCGGGAGACCUCAAAAAACCAUGGGUGCUCAACCAGUCUUGAUCUUUCUGGUGCUUGCGGCCAUCUGCGCCACAAUCAACGCCAUUCCCACCAUCUCAGCGGUCGGCUCCAAGUUCUUUACAAGUGAUGGCGACCAAUUCUUCAUCAAAGGCAUGGCUGAGUCCCUGCAAGGCACUUCUUGAUCGUGGCUGACUGAAGCGUUCUCCGCAGGUGUUGCCUACCAGCUGGUCGAAGAUGACCCCCUCGUGAACACCACCCAAUGCAAAAUGGAUGCCGCGCUCAUGCAGCAAUUGGGCGCCAACACCAUUCGUGUGUACCAUGUGGACGCAUCUGCGGACCAUUCGGGUUGCAUGAACGCCUUCGCCGCGGUUGGGAUCUAUUUGUUUGUGGAUAUGGACAGCUUCAAAACAUACAUUCGAUACGUACGGCAGAGAAGAAUGACCAGGGCAAGAGACGGGACAGCUGACACUAGGCCAGGAUACUGACUCGUCGUGGACCGCGAACAAAUCAGCCUCCUACAGAGCUGUUAUGGACAACUUUCAACAAUACGACAACACCGCUGGCUUUUUCGUGGGUAACGAGGUGCUCAAUGUUUGUAUGUGACAGAUGCCUCUCACUGAGGGUCCGGGAGCCUGCUAAUAAGCCAACAGUGGCUGAUUCUGGAGCUGCUCCAUAUCUUCUCUCCGCCGCUGCCGACCUCAAGAGUUACCGGGACGCCAAAGGCUACCGCAAGAUCCCCAUCGGCUACUCGGCGACUGACACUGCCGUUCUUCGGCCUAUGCUUCAAGACUACUUGGUGUGCCGUCCUAACGUGACCGAACGCCUCGACUUCUAUGCAUUGAACAGCUACGAGUGGUGCGGAUCCACACCCGAUUUCCAGACUUCGGGAUACAUUGGAUUGCAGGCGCUUGCCGAGAAUUACCCGGUCCCCAUUUUCUUCUCGGAGGAUGGAUGCAAUACAGUGCCGCCGCGAACAUUCGACGAUCAAGCUGCCAUCUUUGGCCCUCAGAUGGUUGACACCUGGUCUGGAGCAAUCAUCUACGAGUGGAUUCAGGAGAUGAACAAUUACGGGCUCGUCUCGUAUGGCCCGCAGGUCGGAGCAGACGUCAACGACGGGUCGACUAUUGUGCAAGGAUUCACUCGCCAAGGAGUCCCGACUCCCGUGUCACCGGAUUUCAGCAACCUCCAACAACAAUGGAAGACGCUGACCCCUACAGGCGUGAGUUCUGGUCAGUAUGCGGCGACAGUCACGACCACGCCGCCGGCUUGCCCCAGUUCGACCGCAGGAGGAUGGACAGUGGACCCCAGCGCACCUCUCCCGACGAUUGGAGUGGGUGCCGUCUCAGCAGUCACCCCAUCAUCGGUCUCCUCGACAGCCAGCGGCACCUCAUCAGGAGGCGGCAGCUCGGCCACCUCCCAGGGAGCUGCUGGCAGAACCGCCUCCGGACCUCCCUCGUUCAAGGAUGCUGGAUUUGUGGGCAUGGUGUUUGCAUUGGCGACCGUGGGCGCCGGCGUGAUGGUCUGGUUGUGAAGCACCAGCAGGGGUGUGGCAAGCAGGGGGUGUGGUUGAUCUUACGACUCACGAAAAACAUAACUGCGAGUUUCGAACGGGGAAGAGUUCAGAAAUGCGACCAAGUGUUGGGUGAAAGUGGAAAGGUAGACGAUACACAAGUAUGGUACGUGACUGCAACAAGGAAACCGACAUAGAUUUAAUGGUAAUGCACGAUUGACGGGCAGGCGUUUGCCAUGUGUUCUGUUUAUGCUCUUCACUCGCCAGCAAGAGUUGAUAUUCCGAUAGAUGCAAAAUGGUGGAUGCCGAUUGAC